GGGAAGAGGCCACUUCACGGGGAGAGGACCACGCGAGCGCUGGCAGAGCUCACACCAACUACUACUACUGAUAAUUUUUAAAGCCUCUGGGUUUUUCUUUGUAUUAUUAUAACCAUUAUUAUUAUUAUUAUUAUUACACUGUUCUCCCCACCGAAAGGCGAAUAUCGAAAUGCUGCGGCAGGUUUUUCUCCUGCUUUGCGCAUGCUCUGUUUAUCAAGCUGAUGGGCGUAAAACAUAUGGUGACAUGUUCCCUCACAAGCACUCACUGGUAGGGAAGUUUCCAUUUCCGAUCCCUCCGAUUCCUGGCUGGGAUCCUGACACCAUCCCAUGGGAUGAUUAUCUUUAUCCACCUCUAAACCCCAAGCCAAGAGAGCUCAUGCAUCACAGAGGCAAACCCAAGGUCCACCUGACCAGUGACGGUCCAGCUCUCAACGGCUCGUGCAUCUCCUUCACUGCCAAACUGGAGUAUCCUCCAUGCCAGAAGGAGGAUGCCAAUGGGGACCUUGUCUGGGAUGAGCACUGUGAGGACGGUACGGCGCUGGAGGCCUCAGCAAAUGGACAGGUUCGCUCCGGUUACGUGUACAACUGGACUUCCUGGAUGGAUGACUACGGCUAUGGGAAGUGCCUGGAUCCCAAAAAAUGCAACGUAUUCCCGGAUGGGAAGCCGUUUCAGCAGAGCAAUGACUGGAGACAGAAGAGUUAUGUCUACGUUUGGCACACAAUGGGCCAGUACUCUGAGACAUGUGACGGCUCUUCUUCCAGCAUGACCAUCAACACCACCAAUAUCGCUCUGGGGGCAGAGGUCAUUGAGGUACUGGUCUACAGGAAGCGUGAGCGCCGGAAGUACAGCCCCCUCACCACUGAUAAAACUGUCUUCAUCGUCACAGAUAAGAUCCCAGUGGCUGUCAGCAUCACCCAGAAAGCUGCGGUCAACGAGUCUGCUAACGUUUUCUUCCGCGGCGAGGACGUGGUCUUCAAGGUGGACCUCCACGACCCCAGCAACUACCUAAAAACCGCAUCUGCCAUUGAUUACAUCUGGGACUUCAGAGAUGGGAACCAGCUGGUAACGCACCGUGAGGUGACAACGCACAGCUACGGCACCCUGGGUACCAUGACGGUGAAGCUGGUGGUGGAGGCAGCAUUUCCUGUUGAGUGUCCGCCUGCCUCUGCAACCCCGACUCCAGGACACCCCACAGCUCCUCCCCACACAGAUGCCCCCACAGCUCCACCUCCUACUCACGCCGUUACAAUCAAGAUGGAGACGACACCAGUGCCGCCCAGCACCAGCCGGCCCCUUCCCUCCUCCGUCGCUUCCGUGACGACAAGAAUGCCCACGACGGAGCCCCUCCCUCCCACUGUGGCCACCGAAUCCAUCCCCACCCCGUUUCCCUGGCUCCACGCCAGACGUCUCAAAGGCAAUGGGUGCUUCCGAUACUCCUAUGGCACCUUCACAGCCAACAUCACCAUUGUGGAACCAAAAAACCCGCUGAGCAACCGGCCAAGCAGUCGCAUCGUGGAUGUGUCAGCCGCUAGAGAGACCAACACUGACAUCAACUUCCGGGUGAAAUGUCUGGGGAGCAUCCCCACCUCCGCCUGCACCAUCGUGUCAGACCCCAGCUGUACUCAGGUACGCAACAUCAUGUGCGACGACGUGCCGCCAUCGUCGGAGUGUGAGGUGCACUUGAGGCGGAGGUUUCUGGAGCCCGGCACCUAUUGUGUGAACAUCACCCUGGAGAACUCCAGCAGCAUGGCACUAGCCAGCACCACCAUCACCAUCGCCAAGUCCCAGGAACCACCUGUAGUCUCCAAGUCUCCCAGCUCUGUGGGGGUGGUUCUCUCUUCAGCCGCUGUUCUGGUAGCCGUCUUUGGAUUCAUCGCAUACCUGGUCUACAAGCGUCAAAAAGUUUACCGCCUUAUCCGGAGGUCCCGAGUGGACGAUGUCUCCACCCGUGCUGGGGCUGCAGGUCACAUGGUUCGCCUGAGAGAAGCCCUCUUCCCCACUAAUGAGGAGAGCCGCCACCUGCUGACUGAGAGAUGCCCGCUGUAGUUCUUUGAGCAACAAACUGAUUCCCUUUCUAGGUCUUUUUUUGUGGGGGCGGGAAAGAGUCAUGAUUUUAUUAAGCAAAUGAAAGCAACAGCUAAAUAAUUACAUUUACAAAGAGCAUAACUAUUAGUACUAAUACUAAUAUUUUGUUUGUGUCUGCUCCAAAGGCUAACGCUACAGCAAUUUAUGAUUCAGAAAGUAAUCUACUAAAGAGGAAGUUAAUUGUGUUGAAAUCAUGUGAAAAAAAAGCAUGUCUGCUUGAAAUAAAUCUUUGUACAUUUUUGCCAAGGAACUCAGCAGUUGUCCCUGCUGUUCCUCGCGCCAUGAUGAAUAAAAUGUCUUCAGUGAAUCCAUUAGAAAGGCAUGCAUGUUCGUUAGCUGAGUGAAUUAAGAUUAAUCUUUAACUAAGGUCAAAAGAAAAAGAAAAAAAAAAAAAA